AUGGCGCGGCAGCUGAACGUGGACACGCUGCAGCAGGACUUCUGGAAGGAGGAGUAUCUCAAGGAGCUGAUGCUCCGCUUCCGCUGGCACCAGCGCUAUGGGGCAUCCGUCAAGGCCAGGCAGGAGCAGCUGCGCCAGCGGCGGCAGGCCACCAAGGUGCCACUCAAGCUGCCCGUCCUCCCGUCUCCGGCACCUGUGCCCCCGGCCGAGCAGCCACCCGAGGAGCCCGCUGGGGCCGCCGGGGGCAUCCUGGAGGGGGAGAUGAAGCCCGUGGCCCCGGAGGUGCGGCAGCUGCUGUACCAGGGCGUCUCCCAGGACGGCGAGGGCCGGCGGCGCUACCUGACCCGCCGCACGGCCUGCGCGCCCGAGGAGAAGUACUACACCCCCGUCACCACCAACUUCGUCUACGGCUGGCAGAUGGGGAAAGUCAGCAAAGUCUACGUGCCCCCGUCACCCAAGUGCCGCAUUGAGAGCUUCUUCCGCAAGAACGGGGCCUUCUCGCUGCUGGACCCGCGCGACGUGGCCAUGUGA